ACAAGGUUUUAUUGUUUUUAGCAGUUAGCUCUCUCUCUCUCUCUCUUGUUGAACUUCCUCUUUCAGCACUUGAGCUUCUACUUAAACCUCUUCUCUAGGUCUAGAAUUCUUGGCCCGACCCACUUUUUCCCUUUUUUUUUCUUUUGAUCUUUGAAAUUUUUUCUCUGAAUUUUGAGGGAGAACAAAAAUGGGAGUUGAUUUGAGGCAAGUAGUGGCUGCUAUACUCACUCUCACCAUGUUUGUGAUGCUUGGCCAAAUGAUCAAGAGAGACCAUUUUGAUUCUCUUCAAGAUAAACUUCCAGGAGAAGCUCAGGAUUCUCAAUUUGAUAAUACCAAUGUUAUAGAGAAUGACGGCCUUGUAAAGCUUUCUAAGAGGAGCAAAGGGCCUUGGAUAGACGAUAGUCAAGAGCUAAAACCAUGUUGGAGCAAGACGGCUUUUGAUGAGAUAGAGCAGCCAAGAGGAUAUGUUACUUUUUCGUUGACUAAUGGUCCGGAGUAUCAUGUCUCUCAGAUAGGUGAUGCUGUAGUAGUGGCAAGGUAUCUAGGAGCAACUCUUGUACUUCCUGACAUUAGAGGAAGCAAACCUGGUGAUGUAAACAACUUUCAAGAUAUUUAUGAUGUUGAGAAGUUUAUGAAAAGCCUGGAUGGAGUUGUCAAGGUAGCAAAAGAGUUGCCCAAUGAAAUAUCAAUCCGGGAUCUUGCUGCUGUGAAGGUUCCCAAUCGAGUCACUGAGGAUCACAUUGUGGAAAAUGUAGAGCCAAUAUUUAAAUCAAAGGGCAACAUAAGGCUUGCAACCUACUUCCCUACUGUAAAUAUGAGAAAAACUGCACAAAAGAGUAGUGUUGAUUCAGUCGCAUGUUUGGGGAUGUUUGGAACUUUAGAGUUGCAACCACAGGUUAAUGAAGUUGUUGACUUAAUGAUCGAACGGCUUAAAACCUUGAGUCGCAAAUCAGAUGGCCAGUUUAUAGCAGUGGACUUGAGGGUUGAGAUACUAGAGAAUAAGAAUUGUCACGGAAGUGGUUCUACUGGGGCAAAAAGUUGUUACAAUGCACAGGAGAUUGCUUUAUUUUUGAGGAAGGUUGGAUUUGAUACAGACACCACCAUAUACCUGACUCAAUCAAGGUGGGAUAGCAGCCUUAGUGUCCUGAAGGAUAUCUUCCCUAAAACAUACACAAAGGAAAGCAUAAUGCCGGAGGAGAAAAAGGGGAAGUUCCUUGAAUCAGAAGAUUCAGAAUUUGAAAAGGUUAUAGACUUCUACAUAUGUUCUCAGAGUGACGUUUUUGUUCCAGCCAUCUCUGGCCUGUUCUACGCCAACGUAGCUGGAAAAAGAAUAGCUUCAGGGAAGCCUCAAAUCCUUGUUCCAGCUGAUAUACCUGGUACCUCUGCCGCCAUCACCAACUACCUCUCUCCUUAUGUUUCCAAGAAGAACCACUUGGCUUAUUCAUGUUUUUGCUAACCUCUCCCUUUGGAAGAAACUUAAAAAAGGGUGUCGAAACAUGCAUAUGUGGAAGCCUUCAUAAAAGGUUCUUGGGCCUUCCCAUUUAUCUCAGACUAGCCUUUUUGGAUAAGCAGAUGGACAGGUCAACUUUGCUGUUCAUAGUUCAUUUGGGUGUGAAGUACCCUAGAUAAAAAGUUUGUGUUAAGAUGAUUUUUUGUUUUCUCUUUAAUAUGUUUUUCGAUUUGGGUAGAAAUGUUACAGGCUUUGAGUCAAUAUGUUGUUUGAUGUGAUGCCAAACUUCAUUUCUAUGAUUUAUUCAUUGUUAUAAGGGUGCACAUUUUAUAAAUUUCCUUCCUUUUAAUGAUCAAAGAAAUAGAUUAUUUUUGUA